GCACCCGAAGUCCACACUUCAUCUUUCGCUCUCGACGAAGCAGCAAUGUGAGCCUGUCUGUGGGUCAAAGAAAUUAAAUUUGGAAAAUCAAACAAUCAAAAUGAAUUCGUGGAUCUUCGUGGUCCUCCUGGGAACAGGUCUACAUGUGGCGGUGGCAGUGACUCACUCUCUGAAGUAUUUCUACACUGGGUCCUCUGGAGUCCCAAACUUCCCAGAGUUUGUGGCUGUUGGGUUGGUUGAUGAAGCUCAGAUAGAUCACUAUGACAGCAACACCAGGAGAGACGAACCCAAACAGGACUGGAUGAAGAAAGUCACAGAAGAUGAUCCACAGUACCUGGACAGAGAGACUGAGAAUAGAUUGGGUGCCCAGCAGUGGUUCAAAGCCAGCAUUGAAAUUGCAAAGCAGCGCUUCAACCAAACUGGAGGUGUCCACAUUGUCCAGCAGAUGUGCGGCUGUGAGUGGGAUGAGAAGACAGGGAGCACCAAUGGUUUUUUGCAGUUUGGUUAUGAUGGAGAAGACUUCAUAGCGUUUGACCUGCAGACGCUGACUUGGAUCGCUCCUAAACCACAAGCUGUCAUCACCAAACACAAGUGGGAUAACAACAAAGCUCAGUCAGCGUUGUAUAAGAACUACCUCACCCAGAUUUGUCCUGAGUGGCUGAAGAAGUAUGUGGACUAUGGGAGGAGCUCUCUGCUGAGAACAGAUCUUCCCUCAGUGUCUCUCCUCCAGAAGACUCCCUCCUCUCCAGUCAGCUGCCACGCUACAGGUUUCUACCCUGAGAGAGCCACACUCAGCUGGAGGAAAGAUGGAGAGGAGCUUCAUGAGGACGUGGAGCUCGGAGAGAUCCUCCCCAACCACGAUGGAACCUUCCAGAUGAGUGCUGAGCUGAAGCUUUCAUCAGUCACACCUGAGGACUGGAGCAGGUACACCUGUGUGUUUCAGCUCUCAGGUGUGAAGGAGGAGAUCGUCACCAAACUGGACAAAGCAGACAUCAGGACCAAUGAAGAUUUCAGCUCAACAGAGGAGCCCAUUAACACGACUGUCAUCAUCGCGGUUGUUGUGGUGGUUCUCGCUCUCGUCCUCAUCGCUGCUGCUGCUGUUGUAUUCGUGGUUCGCAAAAAAAAGGAAGACAAGAAGACUCCAGUCGACACGUCUGCUCGAGAAAGAUUGACGAGCACAUCAGAGUCAGAGACUUCUUCACCUUGUUCUUCUAUCAGUAGUGUAGGCAGUAACACACCACUGUUCACAGCAUCAUGAAUUUCUGCAGAUCAGAAGCACAAAGAAGGAAGAGUCCACUGCUGAUGAAGAUGAUGAUGAUGAAGAGAACAGACAGUCUGUAGAAAUCUGCAGUGAGAGUUGACUCAAGAUACAUAAGAACACCAAAUCAAUAUCUUUUAUAUUAUUUUAAAUGAAUCAACAAAUGAAUGAAUUUGUUGAACUGUUGACCUCUUUCACUAUUUCCUUCUUUUUACAGACGAAAACAAACUGACUUGAGAGUUUAACCAAUAAUGAAAAUAAUCUUUAGCAGCAGCCCUAAUAAAGAAUCAGAAUCAGAUAAAUAAGUUCAUUUAAAUUCAUAUUUUUCGUUACUGAUAACGAAAUCUGAAAUUUAGGAGAUAAAAGUCUUUCCUAUCAAAUAUUUAGUGUCUGUUGAGUAAAUAUGGACACUCAGGCCCGUGUUAUGCCGUCAUCCCAGUCCAAUUCUCCACACAACCUUUUUCUUAUGAUAAACUAACUUUAUUCUCAUUACAUCAUCACUCUUCCUCAUGUAAUGUUAAAGCUUUAUUCUUUUUAUUCUGUAUUCUUCAGAGGUGGUUUGAGUGUAUAUAAAGUAUUUACAGGGCAAAGGGCUUUGGAUGUUCCUUCCCAUCAGCAGGUUAAGAUUUAUUUUUCAUAUGUAUGUAUGUGAUGUGUAUUUUUGCAGAUCCUCAGAUGAUGUCUGAUGUCAAACUGUGGACCAAAUCUUUUGUGUUUCUCUGAAGUGAAAACAAAUAAUUUUAUCAUUUCUGUCUUUUGUGUUGUUCAGUGUAAAAGUUUCUUGCAUUUUUGUUUAACAGGUUGGUAUAAAAUGAGGUGUUUCUGCUAAGUUUAUUAAUUAGUACAUAAUGUGAUUUUGAAUAAAUUCAUAGCACUUUG